GGGCCCCGCCUCUUCCGGCCCGCGAGGUUUGAUUCCUUUGGCGGGCGGAAGCUGCUGGAACUUGAAUCCUGCAGAGAUUCCCAUCGACUCGUUCCGGCUUUGCUAGACUCUUCGGCCGGCUGCUUCAGCUUCUGUCCUGUUCGGUCCUGCCGGGCCCGCUGCCCUUCAGGUUCUUUUUGUCAUUUUGAAUAAACUUCCAGGUGGACUAUGAAAGAUUAUGACGAACUCCUCAAAUACUAUGAAUUGCAUGAAACUAUUGGGACAGGUGGCUUUGCAAAGGUCAAACUUGCCUGCCAUAUCCUCACUGGAGAAAUGGUAGCUAUAAAAAUCAUGGAUAAGAACGCACUAGGGAGUGAUUUGCCCCGAGUCAAAACUGAGAUAGAUGCCCUGAAGAAUCUGAGGCAUCAGCAUAUAUGUCAGCUCUACCAUGUGCUAGAAACAAAGAACAAAAUCUUCAUGGUUCUCGAGUACUGUCCAGGAGGAGAGCUGUUUGACUACAUAAUCUCCCAGGAUCGCCUGUCGGAAGAGGAGACCCGAGUCGUCUUCCGUCAGAUACUGUCUGCAGUUGCAUAUGUCCACAGCCAGGGCUAUGCUCACAGGGACCUCAAACCAGAAAAUUUAUUGUUUGAUGAAAAUCAUAAGCUAAAGCUGAUUGACUUUGGUCUCUGUGCAAAACCCAAGGGCAACAAGGACUACCAUCUACAGACGUGCUGUGGAAGCCUUGCUUAUGCAGCUCCUGAACUAAUACAAGGGAAGUCGUAUCUUGGAUCGGAGGCAGAUGUUUGGAGCAUGGGCAUCCUCCUAUAUGUGCUUAUGUGUGGAUUUCUACCAUUUGAUGAUGAUAAUGUCAUGGCUUUGUACAAAAAGAUAAUGAGAGGGAAAUACGAAGUUCCUAAGUGGCUCUCUCCCAGUAGCAUUCUGCUUCUCCAGCAGAUGCUUCAGGUGGACCCAAAGAAACGGAUUUCUAUGAAAAAUCUUUUGAACCAUCCCUGGAUCCUGCAAGAUUACAGCUGUCCCGUUGAGUGGCAAAGCAAGACUCCUUUGACUCACCUUGAUGAGGAUUGCGUAACUGAGCUUUCUGUACAUCACCGCAACAGCCGGCAAACAAUGGAGGAUUUAAUUUCGUCGUGGCAGUAUGAUCACCUCACAGCCACCUACCUUCUGCUUCUAGCCAAGAAGGCUCGUGGGAAGCCAGCUCGCCUACAGCUUCCGUCCUUCUCUUGUGGAACUGCCAGCAGCACUCCAAAGGCAAAGAAUUUGAGCCUGGAAGAUAUGACCACAAGUGACGAUAACUGUGUGGCUGGAUUAAUAGACUAUGAAUUGUGUGAAGAUAAUUUAUUAGCGCCCAAGACACCACAGGUUACCAAACACUUGGCAGAAUCAAAUUAUGUAGCAUCUAGAUCACCAAUGCCAGGGGUACACAGACCAUUGGCAAAUAAAUUAAUGGACAAGGAGAAUGUGUGCACUCCCAAGUCUUCUGUGAAGAACGAAGAACAGUUUGUAUUUUCUGAGCCGAAGAUUCCAGUUAGUAAGAAGCAGUAUAAGAGAGAAAUACUCACCUCACCAACCCGUUUCACAACAUCUGCAAAAGCUAGAGCCCAGUGCCAGAGAGAAGCCCCGGUUAGAACGCCAGGGAAAUCCGCAGGAGCAGACACACUAACGACAGGUGUCAUUAGCCCCGAGAGGAGGUGCCGUUCAAUGGAAGUGGAUCUCAACCAGGCACACAUGGAGGAUACCCCUAAAAGGAAAGGAACCAAUGUGUUUGGGAGCCUUGAGAGAGGAUUGGAUAAGGUUCUCACUGCACUUACAAGGAACAAGAAGAAGGGCUCUGCCAAAGAUGGGCCAAGAAGGCGAAAGCUGCAUUAUAAUGUGACUACAACUAGACUGGUGAAUCCCGACCAGCUCCUGGGUGAACUCAUGGCUAUUCUUCCCAAGAAGAACGUGGACUUCGUACAGAAAGGUUACACACUAAAGUGUCAAACACAGUCUGAUUUUGGCAAAGUGACAAUGCAGUUUGAACUAGAAGUGUGCCAGCUGCAGAGACCUGAUGUGGUGGGCAUCCGGAGACAGCGGCUGAAGGGUGAUGCCUGGGUUUACAAGAGAUUAGUGGAAGAUAUCUUGUCUGGUUGCAAGAUGUGACUGAUGGGCGGUGUCCGUCUGCCCCAUGAAUGUGGGUGUGGUGCUGCACACAAGAAGACCUCGAGAUUGGUUUGAUUUUGGGGCCCAUUGGAACUACAAGCUCAUUUAAAUAGCCAUCUUCAAGACCAAUGUAUUUUUGCUUUUUCAACAAAAAUUUUUACUUUGUGGCUCAAUCCAAGGCAACUCUCUGUCAUUAUCUAUUCCUCUCUGUUUUAAUCAUGUGGCUUGGUAUGUUAGUAACUUUUUUAUAUUCACUUCCAUCAGGGAAUGCCAGCUCUUCCUUGUGACUCAUUUUGAUGUACAAUUUCUUUCUGAACUAAAACCAUUUGUGAAUAUAUCAAGCUCUUCUUUGUAUCUGAUUUUGAUCCAAAUAAAACCUCGAAUGGCUUCCUGACUGUUAAGUAGAGA